AUGAAGAAUGCGUUCAAGGGAUUUGGCAAAGACGCUUGGUGUGUGGGCUCUUCUCACGGUUGGCUCGUAAUUCUGGAUGACAAAGCCAUCCCACAUCUCUUUAAUCCCUUCUCUAGAGUUCGGAUUCAACUUCCAUCGAUUCCCAAUGAAUUCCUCAGCCCAAACAUUGAUCGGGAUUACUUCAUUCAAUAUUUGCGGAAGAUUUUCAUCGCCAAAGCUGUGCUGUUGGCAGACCCAUCACGUUCCAACAAUUUUGGGGUGGUGGUGAUCUGUGGUUCUCUCUCAAGGCUUGCAUUUUGUAAGAAAGGGGACACAACGUGGACCGAACUUGCUGUCAGAUCUCUCAGCACAUACCAACAAUAUGUUGAAUACAGUGACAUUAUAUGCCACGAUAAUCAAGUUUAUGUCUUGGCAAGUGAUGCUUCGGUGGAAGUCUGGGAUUUUCGGAGUUCUUUUCCGACCAAAAUCAUGAGCAUUGAUAAACCAUCCACACUACAAAAAGUAGUUGGAAAUAGUUUUUUCAUACAUAAUCUUUCACCCAAGUUUUAUUUAGUCAAGACAUCCACCGAUUUUUUGUUCAUCAAACGGUUUAUUGGAGACUUUGUUAAUGCAGAAGGACUUGUUGUUGAUGAGGAUUACGUCCUAUAUAAUUCCGAAAUUUGCCCAUAUCGUACAAAGCUGUUUUAUGUUUACAGGUUGAAUUUCAGGCAGAACACAUGCGAACAGGUUGAAUCUUUGAACGAUCAGGUUGUGUUUUUGGGCGGAAAUCAGUCAAUAUCACUCUCCAGCCAUGAUCUUUUGGAGUGCAUACCAGAUUCGAUUUAUUUCACGGAUGAUAGAUGGGAUGAGAUGGAUGUGGACGACUCGUAUGGAGGCCACGAUAUUGGAUUUUUCAAUUUAGAUGAUCAAAGUAUUAAGCCAUAUUACCAUUUAAAUUUGGCGAGGAUCGAUCCACCAUCCUUUUGGAUUACUCCAAAUCUAUCUAUGGUGAAAGACAAAGAUGAUGUUAGCUAG